AUGGAUGGAUCGCCCCUUCAGCAGUCUGUAGAGCCCAUUCCUCUUCGAACACUACACAGGUCUGCCUGCGAGGAUGUCGUGGUCACCGACGACGCCAGUGACGAACUGGAAGUAUACCCAGACACAGACGUCGCCCUCCCUCGACACCACGGUGCACAUGCAGCUAAUACUUCGGGUGACACCCUGACCUCUGCGGUUGUGCCACAGACUGUCCUCGAACGCUUCAUCGAAUUCGUCAUGUCGAACAGCCCUCUUCUUGUCCGAUCCUCGCCGUCAAUAGCCAGAGACUCAUACGGCGCAAUGCCUAGUAUUCGUUCGCGUCGGGGCUCGACUCUGACUCAUUCUUCUGAUGAUGAAGCAGACGACAUACGAAAGAGAGACAAGCGGAAACCUGUUCGCACUUCAACUUCCGCCGGUAGAAUGGAAGCCUCACUCAGUACUCCGGAUCUCGGUCGGCAGCACAUCCCAAAGGCUAGACCGAGAGGCCGCGCCACCUCGCAGACCAGCGAGGUAGGCAUGGGAAUGGAGUCGAAAACAUCUUUUGCAGGCGGAGGGCCACUACCUCAGAGAUUCAUGGAGCCGGUCAGCGGCCCCUCCAGUUUCAGCUCUGCUGCAAGCAGUAGGGAAUCUUCUUCCAAAAGAAGCAACAGACGAAGAUACAACGAGGAUGAUCCACCAGAUAAUUCGCCCUACCCAGAAGUCCGAGCCUCUGUGCGAGCUACAGACGAUACAACCCUGUCCAUAAGCACCCCUCGAAUGUGGACUCUAUCACUCCUCUUUGCUCUAGCUGGAUCAGCCACCAAUCUCUUCUUUUCUCUACGCUAUCCCAGUGUUGCCAUUACUCCUGUCAUUGCACUUGUGCUUGUCCAUCCACUCGGCAAACUAUGGGACCUGCUAUUGAAACAGUAUGAUGACCCUGAGGAGACUUUUAUCGACGGCAUUCGUCAAAGCAUGAUCUCGGAGACAUAUUCCCUGAAGCAUAGGUUCCGGCUUUGGCUGGCACAAGGCAGGUGGAACGAGAAAGAACAUGCUUGUGUAUACAUCAGCAGCAAUGUGUCCUUUGGCUUUGCCUUUGCUACGGAUGUGAUUGUCGAGCAGCACAAGUUUUACAAGCAGGAUGUGUCAGUUCUUUACCAGAUUCUUCUGACAAUCUCUACACAGAUUCUUGGUUAUGCUUUUGCUGGACUGACUCGUAGAUUCUUGGUGCGUCCUGCUGCUAUGAUCUGGCCUGGCACACUGAUGUCGACGGCCAUGUUUACCACGAUGCACAAACAGGAGAAUGAGCCUGCGAAUGGCUGGAUCAUCACGCGGUAUAAGUUUUUUGUAUAUGUCUGGCUAGGAGCAUUCGCAUGGUACUUUCUUCCUGGACUUCUUUUUCCUGCUCUGAGCUAUUUCAAUGUUGUCACAUGGUUUGCUCCAGAGAAUGUGGUUGUUGCCAACCUGUUUGGCGUUGUAUCCGGCCUCGGACUAUUUCCAAUGACAUUCGACUGGGCACAGAUUGCAUACAUCGGAUCUCCGCUUCUUACGCCCUGGUGGGCUGCUGCCAAUGUUGUUGGAGGUCUUGUGCUCGUGAUGUGGGUUAUUGCUCCGAUUUUGUAUUAUAGAAACACGUUAUUUUCUUCCUAUUUACCCAUUCUAUCCACGGCUGUCUUUGACAACACUGGCAAGCCUUACGACGUGGCGAGAAUUCUUACGCCGGACUUCCUGUUUGAUGAAGUUGCCUACGAAGCAUAUUCUCGCGUCUACCUCCCCAUCACCUACGUGCUCUCAUAUGGCGUCCAAUUCGCCUCCCUCACCGCUCUGGUAACUCACACAGCCUGCUGGUAUGGUCGCGAUAUCUGGAGACAGAGCAAGAAGGCGUUUCUUGAGCGCUACGAGGACGAACCGAGGGCAACCUACCAGCCCAUCCCCGCAGCACCACACAACAAUCCCAGCCGGCAAUCCACAGACCUCACUCCGCCAAGCGUCGACGGCAUGAUCUCUGGCGCCGAAGACGUGCACUGCCGCCUCAUGCGCCGUUACCCUGACGCCCCUCUUGGCUGGUAUCUCGUCACCUUCGUCCUCAUGACCCUGAUCGGCAUCUUCGUGGUAGAGUACUACCCGGUCUACCUCCCCUGGUGGGGCCUCCUCCUCGCCUUGGGCAUCACCUCCCUCCUCUUCAUCCCCGUCGGCAUCGUCAUGGCCAUCACGAACCAACACUCCUCCCUCUACCUAGUCUGCCAACUCAUCGCCGGCUACCUCUUCCCCGGCGCGCCCGUGGCAAACAUGGUCUUCGUCACCUACUCCUACAUCUCCUCCGCCCAAGGAAUCAAAUUCUCCUCCGACCUCAAACUCGGACACUACAUGAAGAUCCCACCGCGCCUCCUCUUCAGCGUCCAGAUGCUCGCCACCCUCCGCGCCAUCAACGGCUUCACCUGCCCGCUCGCGCGCGUCCACUUCAACGGCUCCAUCCUCUGGGGCGUCGUGGGCCCCGCGCGCUUCUUCGGGCGCGGAGCCCUCUACCGGCCCCUGAUCUGGGCGUUCCUGAUCGGCGCCAUCGCGCCCAUCGGCGUCUGGCUCAUCGGCCGCCGCCGACCCAAGACGUCGCCCUGGCGCCAGAUCAACCCGCCCGUCCUGUUCGGCAGUCUCUCCUGGAUCCCGCCCGCCUCGGGCCUCAACUUCAGCGUCUGGGCCGUCGUCUGUUUCGCCUUCAACCACGUCGUGCGGCGCCGGCGGAGCGAGUGGUGGGCGAAAUACACCAUGACGAUGAGCGCGGCGUUGGAUUCCGGGCUGGCGUUCGCCUUGCUGAUCGUCUUCUUCGGGGUCGUGUAUCCCGGAUGGAUGGAGGGGUUUCGCUGGUGGGGCACCGACGUCUAUAAGAUGGGAUGUGAUUGGAGGGCUUGUCCGUAUACGAGGUUGGGCGAGGGGGAGAAGUUUGGAGACUAG